CCAUUUCCAAAGAUGACCAUAUUAUCCAAAUACCACAUUUUGAUCAUUUAUGUUCUUCUUUCUUUCUUCGUAUCCCUCUCUCAUCAAGCACCAUCUCCCCCGAACCCUAGGCUCCAAAAAGCCUAUUAUGCCCUCAAAGCAUUGAAACAUUUGAUUACCUCGGACCCUCGAGGAUUCACUUCUAAUUGGUAUGGAUAUAACGUGUGUAACUACACUGGGGUGUUUUGUGCACCUUCUUUAGACGACCCAAAUGUCACCACGGUUGCUGGUAUCGACCUCAACCAUGGAGACAUCUCAGGGUCUCUCCCAGAAGACUUAGGGCUACUCGCCGACCUGGCACUGUUCCACAUCAACACUAACAAGUUUCAUGGAACAGUGCCCAAGUCUUUUGAGAAACUAAGCCUUCUAUACGAGCUUGAUAUAAGUAACAACCGCUUUUCGGGUGAUUUCCCAUUGGUGGUACUUUCACUUCCUUCUCUCAAAUUUCUAGAUAUUCGCUUUAACCAAUUCCGAGGUAAUGUCCCUUCAGAGUUGUAUGACCUUAAACUUGAUGCCAUUUUCAUCAACAACAACCUUUUCAACUCUAGUAUUCCAUCAAACCUCGGGAACUCUCCUGUUUCGGUUUUGGUGUUUGCUAAUAACAACAUCCGAGGUUGUUUACCUUCUAGCAUAAAAAAGAUGAGCGAAACUUUGAACGAGAUUAUCCUAAUGAAUGUGGGUUUAAGCGGGUGUUUAACACCUGAUAUUGGGGCUUUAAAGAAGUUAACAGUUUUCGAUGUGAGCUACAAUUCACUCGAGGGAAUGCUACCCGAAAGUAUAGGAGAAAUGAAGAGCUUGGAGCAACUAAAUGUGGCUCACAACAAGUUUUCAGGGGAUAUUCCGUCUAGCAUUUGCUCAUUGCCAAGAUUGGAGAAUUUUACAUACUCCAAUAAUUACUUUUCGGGCGAGCCCAAGAUUUGUUUGAAAUUGGCGGACAAAGAUGAUAGACAAAAUUGUAUUCCAAAUAGGCCCGCACAAAGGCAAGUAGCAGAAUGCAAAGCCUUUUAUUCACGUCCUGUGAAUUGUCGUGGCUGUGGAGCUCCACCGCCCCCGCCACCCCCACCGCCGCAUAAGAAAUGGAUGCCACCGCAUGGACAGUACCCAUACACGCCACCAUUCAAGUAUUGAAUAUAUAGACAAAGAAUGAAGAUAACGACGAAAGAUAAUCAUAUUGAUUAUUGUUUAUUUUAGGACAUACAUAUAUAGAUAAAUAAGAUAAUUGGAAUGAUUUCGUGUGAGAUAUGUUGAUUUUCA